AUGGUCGACGUCACCGGCGGGAUCGAGGGGCUAAGGGCGGUGGAUGAUGCAUUGGGAAGGGGGACUACGCGGUUGUCGCGCUGUUGGCAGUGGGGGCUAGACAGCAAGCACACGGUGGAUAGCCAAUCCCUCGGCAGCCAUCGGCAGAGCUACUCUGCGGAUGGUUCCCACAGGGCAUGGGUAUCGUGCACCGAGGGCCUGACCAGCGUCGACAGGGUUUCGCUGGAUACCAAUUUUUCCGUCGAGGAAAUCACCUUCCAAGUGAGGGUGUUUGUCCCGCGCCGAGCGGCUUCCGACCUGGAGGCGUCAAACAUCUUCAGCAUCGCCAACCGCGCCGACCGGGUGGAGGAGACGCAGCAAGAGAUCCUCGAUAGACUGCGCUCACGGUUCGAGGACAUGCAGGAAAUGACCGCUGCCGUGGUGUCCAACCUUCGCAACUGCGUGGGCGCGGCCCCGGACGACUCAGGGGAGGCAUCUGAGGGCAACGGCAGCGUCAGUUUUAGUGAUAACAGCGGCGACGUUAAUAAUACGGGCGUGGACACGGGUGAGGACAGCACGGCCUCAGCCGGAGAUGGCACGGCGGUAGACCGGACGGAGGCUGACGAUGCUGGUAACGAGGAAGACGCCGAAGGGCAAGAGCCUGACGCCCACGUCAUUGACGCCAACCCACCUACGCUAGACUAGACGGGGUUUGACUUGUC